AUGGCAGUGAAUACAUAUUUUCGCAAAGGAAAUAGCCCGCUUUGUGGUAUUCCAAUGUUCAGUUGUUUAUGGACCGGGGUCUUCCCACACAAUGAAGGCCUUAAUCAGAAAAGAAUUCCCGACCUCAAUAAUGAAGGCCUUAAUCAGGAGAGAAUUCCAGACCAUACCAACGAACUCAAAGCUCGAACAAAGGAGAAACAGUGGACAGUGGAAACAAAGGGGAAACAGUGGACAGUGGCACUCUCCGAUUAG